UUAAUUUAAUUCUAAACAAAAUCAUUUCACAAAAAAAUACUCCAAAAUUGGUAGAAACAAGAAACUAUAGUCUCCAUUUAAAUAGCCUCAAAUUGAUGAAAUAUUAUCAAACACCUGUUACUCUCUCUAACGAGCUUCGUACUCUCCGUCAUUUCAUCAAACACAAUGCAAUCACUUCAGAUUCAGCAACUUCCUUCCACUCUCCGUCCUUCUCCGCUCGAACCUCUUCGUAGAAAAUCUUCCAAUGUCGCCGGGAAAGCCAAAUUGCCUUCCAAGAGAGUCUCCGUUGUCGCCGCCGCGGCUACCACCGCCGCGCCGCAGAGACAGAAGGACCCCAAGAAGAGAGUUGUGAUUACGGGGAUGGGUUUGGCUUCUGUGUUUGGGAAUGAUGUUGAUGGGUAUUACGAGAAGCUUCUUGCUGGGGAGAGUGGGAUCACGUCGAUUGAUAGAUUUGAUGCUUCGAAGUUUCCGACGAGGUUUGCUGGUCAGAUCCGGGAGUUCAGCUCUGAGGGGUAUAUUGAUGGGAAGAAUGACCGGAGACUUGAUGAUUGUCUCCGGUACUGCAUUGUUGCUGGGAAGAAAGCACUUGAGCAUGCUGGCCUCGGCGGUUUAAAUCUCUCUAAGAUUGAUAAGGAGCGUGCUGGUGUUUUGGUUGGGUCUGGGAUGGGUGGUUUAACGGUGUUUUCUGAAGGGGUUAAGAAUUUGAUUGAGAAAGGACAUAGAAAGAUAACACCUUUUUUUAUUCCUUAUGCUAUUACCAAUAUGGGUUCAGCUUUGCUUGGGAUUGAUUUGGGUUUUAUGGGUCCAAACUAUUCUAUUUCGACUGCUUGUGCUACUUCGAAUUAUUGCUUUUAUGCUGCUGCCAAUCAUAUUCGUAGGGGUGAGGCUGAUUUGAUGAUAGCGGGUGGGACUGAAGCGGCUAUUAUUCCGAUUGGUUUGGGGGGUUUUGUUGCUUGCAGGGCACUUUCUCAGAGAAAUGAUGACCCUAGAACUGCUUCCAGGCCCUGGGAUAAAGACAGGGAUGGUUUUGUUAUGGGUGAAGGUUCUGGAGUUCUGGUAUUGGAAAGCCUUGAACAUGCCAUGAAGCGAGGUGCACCUAUCAUUGCUGAAUACUUGGGAGGUGCUGUGAACUGUGAUGCUCAUCAUAUGACUGACCCAAGAGCCGAUGGACUUGGUGUGUCUACAUGCAUCCAGAGCAGCCUUGUAGAUGCUGGCGUGUCACCUGAAGAGGUCAACUACAUAAAUGCACAUGCAACUUCCACUCUUGCGGGUGACUUGGCAGAGAUUAAUGCUAUCAAAAAGGUUUUCAAGAACACCUCUGGCAUCAAAAUUAAUGCCACCAAGUCUAUGAUAGGGCACUGCCUUGGUGCAGCUGGGGGUUUGGAAGCUAUUGCCACUGUAAAAGCCAUAACAACAGGAUGGCUGCAUCCAUCAAUCAAUCAAUUCAAUCCAGAACCUGCAGUUGAUUUUGAUACAGUGCCAAAUGUCAAGCAGCAGCAUGAAAUUAAUGUUGGUAUUUCAAAUUCUUUUGGAUUUGGUGGACACAACUCUGUUGUGGCAUUUUCGGCUUUCAGACCCUGAUUUCCAAGCUUGGUUGCACAUCAUGUAGAACAUGGAAUCUAAAUUAAUUGAAAUUUUGUUCUCUCUACAUCAUUGAGGCUAUAUUUAUUUAACGAGUUCGUAAUAUAUAAAAGCUGUAGUUCUGUAAUUGUUAAUUUUAUGCUAAUUGUGAACACACAUCUCCAAAGACUAUUUUGCUGUAGAACUUUUUAAAUGUAGAAUGAAGAUUUCAUUGGUUUGGAGUUA